AUGAAUAAUUCUCCUUACAUUAUCAAAAAAAAACAGAGAAAUGGUGAUUGGGUUUGUGGAAUUUGCAAAAAUCUUAACUUUUCUUUCAGAAGUACAUGUAAAACUUAAGUUAUAAUCCUUUUUAGGUAAUCGAUGUAGUAAACUCCCUAAUAAAACAUCUUCAAAACACUAAUAUAGAGGAUUUCAAAAAUUAGUUUUAAUUCAUUAUGAAGAACCUACUGAAAGUAUAGAUGAGAAUCUUGAAUACAUAAUUGAUCCAAAUGUUACUUCAAGCCUUUUAAUAUUAGGCUUAGAUCAAUUUUGA